GGUAAAUCUGCCACCGAAACAAGACGUGGUGCGUGCCGUCAUGCUAUAUACAAUGUCGCAUACGCGUACGGUCGUCGUGACGAGUUCUUAAAAUAGCGCGGGGUGACAGCUCGCGGGCCGGGUGGAUCGGCGAUGGAGAGUCGCGGCGGGUGGAGUUUCGUGCUGAUCGUCGAAACGUAGCCGGUGUGCGCGGAGAGGAGCGGUGGGAUCCGGAGAGGAAGACGGGAAAAGAAAUAUAAAAAAAGAAAAAGGGCACGAGACGCACGGUGGAACGAUUUCGGGCGAUGAACUGUUGAUCGCGAUCGUAAAAAAAAAGGGAGGAGGUUGUUGCGACGAGCGCGGAUUUGACGGCGGAGGCAGUUAUGCGGUGAACGGAGAACAUUCCUGCGACCGGAUCCCGCUGGCUGCGCGAUCUCGAGCGAUCUCGAGUAGAGCGACGAGGAAGGAAGACGGGUAGUGGCGUUCGGGAGUUACUUUUGAGUCGAUUGGCGAGUCCGCGCGCGAUCGAUCGGCCGCGCCGGACGAUCCGGCGGCGGCACGCAGUGUCGAUCGCCGGUGCUUUGUCGCUGCGUCUGAAAGACUCGAGAGCAAAGAGAGAGAGAAACUUACGAAACGAGAGAAAGGGAAGUGUUCUCGAGACGACGCGUCUCGCUAUGUGCCUCGCGGCUUCACCGCGAUCUUCAAUUCUCGGGACGUCGCCGACGCGGACCGCGCGCGUUCGCGCGACGGAGGCUGGGACCGCCCUAUGAGGGGACUCCCCCGAUUCGUCGCUGGAAAAAUCGUCCGAAAUCGUCGUGCGAGGACCGUGAAUCGAGUCGAGUCGCUUGCCACGCAAACGGCUCUUUCAGCAGCCGGAAGAUUUAAAAAUCGUGUGGCGUGAAGGAGCGCGAAGACUGCAGUUGAAGAGACUCCGCGGAAGCGGAGCGGAUGAGGAGAGGAUAUAGGUGGAAAGUUUUCCCGCACAGCACGCGGCACGCCGCGCCGCCCGUCGAAAGUUUCGUCAUAAUCAUUUCCGCGAGCGCGUUAUCGCCUACGUGGACGACUACAGGGGAUAGACGACACACCGAAGUGUCGGUAAAAUCGUGCGGCGCGCAUAUAUAUACGCGUCGUCUCUUAACGGGAAAUCUGGUGCCACAGCACGCGACGUCGAUCUUCGUCGGAUAAUGCAUCCCCGUCAGCCUCCCGAGAGCUUCGGAUUGAAAUCUCAGAUUAAUCGCAACUAAGCCCGCCGACCUGUCUCGCUCCAGCCGCCGGAUACGGCUGUGCGAGAUUGUGCGUUAAUAAUCGGCAUAAAAGACAUCAGAAGACGAGAGAGAGAGAGAGAGUAGUCAAUGUGAUAAGACCCUCCCGGUGUCGUCUGGUGGGGUGUAUGUCAGUGAGUGGGAUGGUGGUGGUUGUAGCGAUCUCGCUAAGGAGGAUGUGAAUCGUUUCAGUAUCAAAGUGCAAACGUCUCCCGAAACAAGUCGCGGACAUGGCUCUGAGAUGGCAAGCGAGGCUCUCAAUUGCUGCCAUACUCUUCAUGUGCACGGAAGAUACGCUGAGUCUAGGAGAUCGGCCGACAGAUAACAUGGACAGACACGCGAUCCAGACCAGACCACGGCAACAAAUGCUGGAUCAUUCUUCCGGCCCGAAGUCGAAACCGGAACCUACCUUCGACUUCUCGCAGAACACCAACGUGACGGCCCUGAUUGGAAAAACUGCAUACCUCACGUGCCGAGUUCGCAAUCUAGGCGACAAGACCGUAUCCUGGGUCAGGCACAGGGACAUCCACAUCCUGACGGCGGGAGCGUACACGUACACGAGCGAUCAGCGAUUUCAAGCGCUGCACAGACAAAAUACGGGCCACAGCAACGAAUGGUCCGAGUGGACUCUCUGCAUAAAAUGGGCGCAGGAGCGCGACCAGGGAAUCUACGAAUGUCAGAUUUCCACCAUACCUGCCAAGUCGUAUCAGUUUCGCUUGAACGUCGUUGUACCUACGGCGACGAUACUGGGCGGCCCCGAGUUGUACGUCGGUGCUGGCAGCACGAUAAACCUGACGUGCGCCAUACGCUUCAGCUCGGAGCCACCAGCCUACAUCUUCUGGUACUACAAUGAGAACGUCCUGAGCUACGACAGUCCCAGGGGCGGCGUCUCCGUGAUAACCGAGAAGGGUGGCGACGUCACCACCUCCUGGCUUCUCAUUCAGACGGCGCAGCCCUCGGACUCCGGGGAGUACAGCUGCAAGCCCAGCAACGCCAAUACGGCGUCCAUCAGGGUUCAUGUCCUAAAUGGCGAGCGACCGGAAGCGAUGCAGACCGGGACCGCGGGGCCGAUACUGUCCUCGAGCUGUCUACUGGUGUCCCUCAUCAUUUUGUACAUAUCCUCGGUGUAAACGAAAAUGAAAAGCGCUGGCGCCAACGGCCAACCCGAAGCUCACAUCCGACCGCGGUACGUCUCCCCUCUGUCUACGCGAACGCGUUUUCACGCGCGUUCCGCCCGGCAGACGUGUGACCGCGGGACGACCGCAGUUUGUACGGGGGACAACAAAAGGACUCCGUGAAUGGACCGAUUGUGAGAUAAAAAGCGUGUUCACAGUGUUUGCGCAUAAUUCACGAUGCUUUUACACGAGGGGAGGAGAAAACUGCCAAUCAAGGAAAAAUAGCGAUUCCUCUCGUAUAAACUAGCGGCUCUCGGUUAAUUAAUUAUUGUUCCCUACAAAAGGCAUCGUGAAUUAUAGCCUAUUAGCGAUUACACGCCAGAUUACGUGGUGCGUAUACUAUACAUAUAGCAAGAAAGUGUGCGAGGCACACGAACGUUCACGAAUACACGGACCCAUAAAUCUUCUGACCUGUUGUCCGACGUCGGACGAGACGACGCGGUAUCGAGUUGUUGCUCAUCAGAUCCUGGAAAAUGAAGAACACUCACUUCGUGCGCCACCGCGAUUAUCGACCGCGAGAUUAUGCGUCGGAAAUCAAGACGAAGAACUUGAAUAUAGUGCGCGUAUAUACCUUUCGUCGCGCGCAUCUCGGCCGCGACGGAAUCGCGCGUUCCCGACGCGAACGCGGAUUCAGGAGUCGCGUUCGUACAGGGAGUUGCAUCUCUUUCGGUAAGAAAGGCACUUAGUUAAGCAAACGUCGAUGCUAAUGCCGGAAGCGCGGGUAGCUUCGCGGUGGAUCUGGCGCGCGAAAUCCGCCCAUCCUACGCCCGCAAAUCGGGAGAGAAGACCGCCGACGAGAGAUCGGAGGGCUUCCCUCUCCCCCUCCCCUCGAUAAUCCAAGUAAUCCGCAUCGCGAGAAACCGAUUUACGCGAAGGCGUUAAGGCGAGGAGCGAUUGCCUUACGGUUUACGCUUUACGAGCAGUCGAAUCUUGGGAAUGCAAGCUACGUGGAUGGGAUUCAAUGGAAAAUAAAACGUGACCGGAGUGCUCGAUCUGUGCAAUUUUCCGUAUUUCAUAAAAUUGCCGGCGCGAUAAUCGGCCGCGCGCUGCUACUCACACUCCUCCGAUGCUAUCUUCACGUCCGCGGCGACGCGAUAAAUUUUAACCGCGAUUCGCCGACUUGGCGACUCGGACAUCGUUCCCUCUCGGCGAUUAGUUUUAUAUUGCGCUUGGAAAUACCUCGAGAAUUUUGUCACCUCUCGAAAAAUCGCGAUAUUUCAGUGUUGUAAAUUUUAUAUUCCGCAGAAUUUUGUAUUUAGCAGGCGAUUUGAGAAUCGAUCGGAUUUUUAUUUACGUUCUCUUUCGUGACAUUCAGCCCUGUGACGUUUGUAAAAAGCUUCUCACAUUCUGACAUUUAAUUUCUUCUCGUCUCGAAUAGCGCUAUAUGAUUGCACAGAUUUACGCACCGAAUUGCAACUGAGUGAAUUUAUUUUUUUUUUUUUUUUAUAUCAAGAACGUACUUUAACAUUUGUGCAGAAAAAUAUACAUAUGUCGUCGCUAGAUUAAAUAAUUUAAAUUAAAAAUUAAAAUCGCUGCAAGUAUGUAUGUUUUUACCAUUUUUCAUAAAAACGAAAAGUUAAAAUUGA